AUGACGGAAGGGGAUCCAUCCUACAUUGACUACGAGGCCUUCUUAGACCCUGACUUCUCGCCGUCUGGGUUCGCCAAUACACUUGUACUCAGUACCAACAAUGCCACAGACACACCUCUAGAUUUAUCGACGCCACUAUCACGGGUGCUCUUUGAUCUUCAGGAAAUUGACACCCACAUCCACGGCCUAACUACGAGAUCCGCCCUGCCACUACUGGCCCAUACGCAGGGUCAAACAGGAGCCGCAGAACAUAUAUUGAAGGAAACGGGGACACAGAUUGCUUCAGUUACACAAGGAUAUGAGCGCUUAGAGAAAGAGGUUGUGCAAAAAUGGCAAGCGGCGGACGAAGCUCGAAUUGCCGCUGAGAAGUCAUUAGCGACGGUUCGGCUGGCACGAGCCGUGUCGCGCUGUCUCGGACUUGGUCGACAGUUGGAGAGUCAGGUUGCGGAGAUAUUGGGCCGUGGCACUGCCGGUCAGUCUUCAACUGGUGUCGAUGGGGCGACUGCAACAACAGGCAAAGAAGGAUUCCGAGCUCUAGAGCGCGCGGCAUAUACGAUCCUGAAUUUGCGACAGAUGUACUUGGCCUCCUCGGAAGACGAAGAGGGAUACGGACUAGAUCGAGUCAAAGUCACUCGCACGUUGCGCAACGAAUUUGUUAUUCCAGCCGAGAAUAUGUCACGCUUGGCUACAGCGGCGGCGACUCUGUAUCUCCUUUCGCCCAUUCCUCGAGAACCAGUCUCAGCCAUCGACUACAAACCCGAGCUUUUUGUUUCAACAGUCCAGGGUUACAUGCAUACGGCAAUUAUGAGUUCCGUGAAUACUCUCGCAAAAUCCCUGUCUCAACUGCCUACAAUGGAUCGAGCACUGGGAGAUGUAUCCGCACGCUGUCAGGACAUUGUGGCUUUCGAGACUAUUCUACGAAACCUCCGCGCACCAUCACAUCCUCUCCUCGAAUUGACCAGCACCAAUGUCGACCUACCUGCGUCAGAUGCCGAGGCCGCCGCUGAUAAAAGUAAGCUUAAUCUCUUACAACCGGUACUUCGAAAUCUCGACACAUCUUCUCUGCCAUCCUACUACUGGCGUUCACUUGCCUCAUCCCUCUCUAGCCGGGUUCAGGAGAUAAUCAAUCGCGGCGGCGUGUCAGCUCGGACUCUACGUUCCAAUCGGGAUCGCUUGAAAGCCGAGAUCAGAGACUGUGUGCUCCGGUCUUCGCAGGCCUCCACUGCCGGAGUAAUGGCCGACAAGAGCCGAUCAGGGACCGACCCCGUGAGCGCGGCAAACUGGGAACGCGAAGCCGCGGUAAUGGUUAGCUCGGUGGUCGGGCCGUUGAGCCGUUGA